CGCAGGGACUCCUCCAAUCCGCCAGGGGGAGUCCGAGCCAUUCUUGCCUCUCUGGCCCGCUCCGCCCGCGAGCUGGUAGAUAUCCCAGAGUUCCGCUCGUUGGAGGUCCUUCCGCCGCGGCAGCCAUUGUAGAACAACAGCCAUGGCUCUGCGCUACCCCAUGGCCGUGGGCCUCAACAAGGGUCACAAGGUGACCAAGAACGUGGGCAAGCCGAGGCACAGCCGCCGCCGCGGGCGUCUCACCAAACACACCAAGUUCGUGCGGGACAUGAUCCGGGAGGUGUGUGGCUUCGCCCCUUACGAGCGACGAGCCAUGGAGCUGCUCAAGGUCUCCAAGGACAAGCGGGCCCUCAAGUUCAUCAAGAAGAGGGUGGGGACACAUAUCCGCGCGAAGAGGAAGAGAGAAGAGCUGAGCAACGUCUUGGCCGCAAUGAGGAAAGCGGCAGCCAAGAAGGACUGAGCCCUUCUUCUCUGUUCACAAUCACAAUAAAUCUUGCCCAAAAUUCGG